CAAAGCUUCACAUCUUCAAACGGAGACAAAUUCAACUCACAACUGGAUAGUAUAGCAUAACUCCUUUCUUCUCUCUCGAUUUUGCCUCCAUAUCUUCGCAUAACUUCCAGGCUCUUUUUUGCUCGAUUUUCUUUCGCCUCCUCCGCUGCGUUCGAGUUCACUUUCGCUCUCCUCUAUGGAGUCCUCCGCUACGCUUCGAUCCUUUCAUUAUUUUUCAGGUGGUUCACGUAUGCAGUUAAUUGAGAAACCAAGUAAAAUUUAUAUGUCUAAUACUAAUAAGUCGUGCAUUCAAGGAUUAUCAAAUUUUGGUAAGCCCAUCCAUGUUCCAACAAACCAGAAGAGAACAGGUUUAUCGUGCACAAAGGUGCCCAAAGUUACUGAAACUGCUAAACCCAAUGACAGCGUACUUGACGGUUCAGUACUGAAGAAGCCUGCAGCUAAUGCAACUUUUCCUAAUGGAUUUGAAGCUUUGGUGUUGGAGGUUUGUGAUGAAACAGAGAUUGCUGAACUAAAGCUAAAGGUUGGCGAGUUUGAAAUGCAUUUGAAGCGGAAUAUUGGAGUGGUAAGAGCUCCUCUGUCUGCCAUUUCUCCGACAAUACCUCCGCCAAUUCCAUCAAAACCCAUGAUUGAGUCAGCUCCUACUGCAUCAGCACCUCCAAAUAAUUUGCCAGAGAAAACAACUCCUUUUACCAAUGUUCCCUUAGAGAAGUCGUCAAAGAUAGCAGCUUUGGAGGCAUCUGGAUCAAAAGGAUACGUUCUGGUAUCUUCUCCUACGGUUGGAUCUUUCCGAAGGGGCAGAACAAUUAAGGGAAAGCAGCAGCCUCCUAUCUGCAAAGAGAAUGACAUGAUAAAAGAAGGACAAGUAAUUGGAUACGUGGAUCAGUUUGGCACUGAACUUCCUGUAAAGACAGAUGUGGCUGGCGAAGUAUUGAAGGUUCUCUUCAGGGAAGGAGAAGCUGUUGGCUAUGGCGACCCCCUCAUUGCUGUCUUGCCAGCGUUCCAUGGAAUCAGGUUAUGAUGAUCCCCCCGUCAAACAUUCUAAGGUGGUUUGCAGAUUUCUGAUUUCGAUCAUUAUUUUUUUGAGUUUUGUUACGUAAUUUCCCCGUCAGAUUGCUGAUACGUAAUUUGUGUAGGUUUAUGAGUUUUGUUACAACGAAGAUUUAAUCAACCUACGUAUACUAUUUGUGGAUUAGUUCCUUUUAUUA